AUCCAAACGCGAUUUUAGUUAUCGCCAUUCUCCUUUUUUCUCUCCCUUUAUUGAAAGGUGGUGUGAAUUUGUGAUGAGAGGUUGUGCUUGGUGAUGUGUGAUUAGGGUGUGUUAUGCAGUAAUUUUGUUGUCAUAGUGAGGUGGUGAUUGCAUUGAACUUUCAAAAUGAAUGAUGGUAGGCAAAUGGAGUUGCAGUAUGUAGAUACUGGGUUUCCCUAUACUGUUUCUGAAAGCUUCAUGGAUUUCUUCCAAUGCCUCACCACGCACUUGCCUGUCAAUUACGCUCACGCUGGCUCAGUGCUCGAUCAGGAAAGUAUCUACUGGUCAAUGAACAUGAACCCUUACAAGUUUGGAUUGUCUGGCCCAGUAACUACAAGCUAUUAUGGUUCUUACGAGAUAAAUGAUCAUUUUCCAAGAAUGGAGAUGGAUAGGAGAGAGUGGGAAUACCCUUCAACAAUAGUCGUGGAUGAACCUACUCCAACUGACUCUCCAUCUGGAAGAGAUGGAGUCACAAGCAUGCAGACCAUCCCAGAAGAAUGCAGUCCAAAUCAUCAAGAAUCCAGUAGUAGCCAGGUCAUGUGGCAAGACAACAUUGAUCCCGAUAAUAUGACAUAUGAGGAACUACUGGACCUGGGUGAGGCAGUGGGAACUCAUAAUCGCGGUCUUUCCCAAGAACUUAUUGAUACACUUCCAACCUCAAAGUACAACUUUGGGAGCUUAUUCAAAAGAAAAAGUUCUGCUAAAAGGUGUGUGAUUUGUCAGAUGUCUUAUAGAAGAGGUGACCAGCAAAUAAAAUUACCAUGCAACCAUGUUUACCACAGUGAAUGCAUAACAAGAUGGCUUAACAUCAGCAAGAAGUGCCCAGUUUGUAACAUUGAGGUAUUUGGUGAGGAUUAAUCUAAUUAGCAUCAACAUGAAAAAAAAAGAUACAGAAGCAAAUUGAUUUUCCUUCUUGCUCCAUUAAUAUUUUCCCUUAUUUUAUCCAGCUCUUUUUCCAAUUUAAUUGUUUACACGCAGAUUUAUUGUACCAUAAGAACCUGAACCAUUU